UCAUGAUGUUCAUGUUCGAAAUAAGUAAAACAGUUCGUUUAAAUAUUUUAAAAAUUUGUUCAAUGGCAUAAUUCCUAAAGAAGAUCAAGUUUACUUGUCAGGAACUCUUGGUCAGAAUAGUUUGAUAAUCUGUCGCCAGGAAUAAUUCUAGGUUAUAAUAAACAAACAAAUUUGAAAAAAGUUUAUCAAGGAAAUUUAAAAACAAAUACCAGAAAAGUACUUUCGCGAUGAUACCAGGCGUGAGCAUUGCACCAGACAUACCUUUAGAUGCAGUACAGUCGAAAAAUAUAGUGGUAAUUCAUCCAGGAUCUUUGAAUUUGCGCAUUGGCAGGGCUUCGGACUUAAACCCAGUAACUGUCUUGCAUGCGGUUGCUAGAAGGAGAAAACCUGGGGGCCAGGCAUAUUCUGACACCUUUUUACCAGACCGUACCGGGUUGAGUCAUACAAAAGAAUUAGAAGAAUCCCGAUUGGCAAUUUCACAUACUCUACAGUCGUGUUUGCAGUCUGAUGGGAGAAGAAGAUACGCUACUCCGCCACAGCAAAUUGCGGCAUUCAAUAGAAGAGUACAACCGGAAAUUGUUGGUGACACUGGAGGCGAUUGGGUUAAAUUUGAAGGCGAUACAAUAAUUGGCAAUGAUAUAUUUCGUUUGAGCCCAGAUGAAAUGUUUAAUAUCCAUUUUCCUUACAAGAGGGGCGAUUUCAACAUCCACUCUGGACCAGGGGGGUCAAUGACAUCGGUUCUAGCAGACUUAGAAACAAUAUGGACUUAUAUCAUUGAAACUAACUUACAAAUCAGUCGCAAAGAGUUGAAGGCUUUUAAAGCCGUGCUGAUAGUCCCAGAUGUUUAUAACAGAACCUACCUAAGGGAACUUAUGUACUUGCUGUUAGGCUCUAUGGGAUUUGGCAGUUGUUUUCUGGUACAAGAUCAUGUAUCAGCUACGUUUGGUUCUGGCUUGGCCUAUGCUUGCGUGAUUGAUGUAGGCGAUCAGAAAACGUCGGUAUCAUGUGUUGAAGAUGGCAUUUGCCAUCCUAACACUCGCGUCCGAUUGGAGUAUGGUGGCGGAGAUAUUACACAGAUAUUUUAUUGGCUUUUACAAAAGUGUGCAUUUCCAUAUAAAGAAUGCGAUGAACAAAACAAAUUGGAUUCAAUGCUUUUGAGAAAACUAAAAGAGGAAUUAUGUCAUGUGAAUCUCGAUGUAUGUGGCUCUCAAGAAAAAUCUUUUACAUUAAAACAGCCUCAGAAACCUAUAUGCCACUUUACUAUCCAGGUCGGAGAUGAGUGCAUUAUAGCUCCUUUGAGUCUUUUCAAUCCGGAACUGUUUGCUAUAACUGGUUCGAAACAAAUACACACUCAAAAAAUAUCGACUGGCGAUCCUGAAGAUCCACAUGAUGAAAUUUAUCUCAGAGAUAUUAGAAAAAAAGGAAUGAAAGAGGAAUCUUCGGCAAAUGAGUUAAACGAAUCAUUUCUGGAAAGUCAGCAAGUGGGCAAUGAUGAUGAUAUUGUUGUGGAUGCCAUGGACCCAGUUAUUAACCAAUCGGUUAAAGAAUUCGUCAUAAAUCCUGGACAAAUAUUGGGACUGGAUCAGGCUGUGUUACAAAGUAUUGAUAGGUGUCCAAAUGAAGAUCUGAAAAGGAAAAUGUACGGUUGUGUACUGGUGGUUGGAGGAGGUAUGAAAUUCUCGGGAAUAGGAACGUGGCUUCAAAAUAGAAUAUCGCUUCAGAUUCCAUAUUUGUAUCGCGCCGAACAGCUCGACAUUAUCACCAACCCUAGAGACAUGGAUCCUUCAAUGGUAGCAUGGAAAGGUGCCUGCAUUAUGUCUUGUCUUGAAACUGCACAAGAAUUAUGGAUCGAAGCUGUAGAAUGGGAGAAGUACGGAGUGAGGGUUUUAAGAGAGCGCGCUCCGUUUACCUGGUAAUCAGAGUUUCUUGUCAAAACAAUAAAUUUUAUUCGGCACAUAUUGGAUUUAAUCAUGUACUCAUCCAAAUUAGAUCCGUUCUUGUAUAAUAUAGCCUAUUAGGCCAAAAUUGUAUAAACA